AUGGUGGACUUUGUGGACUAUGCCCGGCCACAAGCCCUUGGCGCCGUCCAGAAGCUGAUCAACAAGCUUGACAUCAUGCGCCAGGCCUGGCAACCCUCGCUGAGAGACAAGGGCAUGGCAGGGAGGCUGGAGGCUCUGCUCGCCGCUGGGUACAAAGUGCUGUGCAAGCGCAGCGGGCAUGUCGUGUCCGUGGCCCUCGACCGGCCCCAGCGUGUGGCCUGGGCAUCGGCUGCGCUGCUGGGACUGACCACCCUGGCCUGGGUCAUAUGUUGA